AUGAUCAUCAAGAAGAAGACCGUUGUGGAAGCCACUAGGGAAUGGGCGAAGGAAUACGGCCCGGUUUACACUUUUUGGUUCGGACCGAAGCCCACCGUCCACAUCUGCGAUUACUCUAUUGCCGUUGAUGCGAUGGUGAAAAAAGGCUCGGCGUUCGCCAGUCGCAAUCUCCCUUACCUACCCGUUAUGAUAAGAAGUCAGUUGGACGCG